AUGGCCGCCGUCGACGUGGUGAUGCCGGCGCCGCCUCCGCCUCCGCCGGUGCCGGUGGUCCGCAUCAGCCGGCUCGCCCUGGCCGCCGCCGACACCGUGGUGUGCCUGUGGAUCGCAAGUCUGUGGGUCUUGCUGGCGAGCGUUGCUGCCGCGCUCAUCGGGCGCCUCGCCUGCGGCUGGGGGUGCACCGGCGCUGCGUGGACGGCCGUACUUGUCUCCGUGCUCUUCGUUGCGAUCGUCUGGCCCCUCUCCGCGCUGCUGCUGAGUAAAUUCGUGGAGCCCUUCUACAUCGACCAACUAAAGAAGGGAGCGGCGGCGCUGGAACCUCUGACUCUGAGCGACGCCGUCAUAGAUGCACAGCUCGCCGCCACUAUCGCUUUCGCCUUCCUCGAAGCUUUUGGCAUUCUGCUGAAGCUAUUGGCUGCCAAUAAUGAUCCUCCUACAGCCAGAUUUGCCUCUGACAUCAUGGUUGUGCCGCCCUUGGGCAUCAGCGUCAUGUGUUGCUUCGUUUCCAUUCCGGGUUUGGCAGUGAGGGUGUGGAGGAUGAGACGACACGCCAGCGCAUCUGUGGUACCCAUCUGA